AUGAAUCCAAUAUUAUUUGUUUUGUUGUUUGUUUUUCUCGAAAGUAUUAUUGCUCGAGGUCCACCAGUUCUUUUGAAACAAACACCUAAUCUAAUAGCAGUCGAAAUCAAUGAAAAUGAACCACUUGAAUUACAUUGUCCAGUUACUGUUACAUCUGAUUUAUCUGUUCAAUGGUCGAAAAAUAAUGAAGAUUUAGAUCCCAUGUGGACAACAGCGAAUCUAUUGAUUAAACGGUUUCUUUUAAAAAUCCAUCGUGUACAUGUAACUGAUGCCGGACUGUAUAAAUGCAAUGUUGUCAAUGGAUUUGGUAGUGUGCAAGCACAAUUUCAAGUUAAUGUUAAAUCAAAUGAAACAUCAUCGAAUAGUAUUCUUAGUAAUGAAGAAGAAAGUGUGAUAGUUUGGGAUGUUAAAUCAUUUAAUGGUGAACCGCCUAAAUUUCUUUCACGAAACGAUAGAAGUAAAAUUGAAUCAACUAAAGUUAUUCAGCCAGAAGGCACAACGGUCCAAUUAAAGUGUUUAGCAUCUGGUAAACCAACACCAGAAAUACGAUGGAAAAAAAAUGGUAAAAUAUUAUCCGAAGAUGAAUUUGGAAUAACUCAAAGUCAAAUAUUAAAUAUCAAAGAUUUACGUCAAUCAGAUACUGGAAACUAUACAUGUGAAUUAUUUAAUUCGUAUGGCACGAUUAAUUCUACAUAUAUUCUUAUUGUUACCGAGCGACUACAAUUUUUUGGUAAUGAUCCUCAAAAUUUAACUGUUGAAGUAGGGCAAGUAGCAAUACUUAAUUGUCGUGUUCAAACUAACGAUCCAAUGACAAAAAUAUAUUGGUUGAAAAAAAUUGAAAAUCAACAAUUAUUUCGACCUGAUUCUAUUGUAUUCGGUUCUGAACAAUACGAAACGAUUGAACAACCUAUAAAACAACAAUAUUUGAAUAAUAUUCUUUCAAAACCACUUGUUUUUCCACGAAUACAUAUAAACGACAGUGGACAAUACAUUUGUUUAAUUCAAAAUGAUAAAGCUACUAACUAUAAAACGGCCUCAAUUAAUAUUAUCAAUAUUCACGAAGGUAAAAUGACACCAACCAAUGAUUCUUAUAUUUUACUCUAUACAAUUGUCAUUCCUUUGCUUAUUCUUGGUAUUAUACUUUUCUUAAUAUUUUGUUAUUCUCGUCACCGACGAAAUAAUAAUAAUAAUAAUAAUAAUAAUCAUCACCAUCAUCAUCACUCACCUUGCACUGAUACUUUGAAAUCUUCAAUAAAACCACGACAACCAUUAAUUCAUCAUAAUGAUGUUAUGUUUCCAUCGGCAAAAAGUCACACGAGUAACGAUUAUCUUGCCGAUAGUGUAGAUUCAAUACCAGUUCAUAGACAAUAUCAGCAACAACGAUAUGGUCCAUCGACUGCAUCUGAUCUAGCAUCACUAGCAAGCUCAAAUCCAUAUUAUACACGAGUCCAAGCUCUUUAA